AUUAGCCACCCAGCUAUGUCGUGCGAGGCACACCUCAUAAGUGGAGCCUUUGCAUAAAAGCGGCGUCGUAUCGUAUGUGCAGCAAUCACACACGGUUAGAAUUUCGAACUUAGAAGUGGCACUCUUCAAAAUUGAAAGUCGAGAGUAGGAAAACGCUACCCAUUCCGUUUUCGUCUAAAAUGGCAUCAAGCAAAAUGAGGGUGGAGGAGCUGCGAACGGAGCUCCACAACCGUGGACUCUCCACCACCGGAACCAAGCCCACUCUGGUUCGUAGGCUUGAAGCUGCUAUUCGCAAACAAACUCGUAGCGCGACGAGUGACGUCGAUGCUUGCGCGCCUCGUAGAACUAGAAAGAGAGCAAGGGAUUCCCACAAUGAAGAUUCUCACCACUCUGCGGAGGAGACGAUGGAGGAGGAAAAGAUAGUGACCGCAACCAAAAAAGGCGUCUCUGUUCUCGAUCAGUGGCUUCCGGAUUCCGUGAAGGCGCAUUAUCAUGUUCUGCAACUCGGUGGUGAAGUCUAUGAUGCCAUGUUGAAUCAGACAAAUGUUGGAGACAACAAUAACAAGUUCUAUGUCAUUCAAGUUCUAGAAUCGGACAAAGGUGGUGAAUUCCUUGUUUACAAUAGGUGGGGAAGGGUAGGUAUAAAGGGCCAAGACAAGAUACAUGGCCCUUACAGAUCAUGUGAGAGUGCCAUCCAGGAGUUUGAGCAAAAGUUUUUAGCCAAGACCAAGAAUGAUUGGUCCAAUAGGAAUAAUUUUGUUAGCUAUCCUAAAAGUUAUGCUUGGUUGCAAAUGGACUACAGUGGCAAGGAAAAUGAAUCUAUUGUUACAGAAAAUCCUGGCCAUGCCUUAGGAAAGAAGCCUCAAGAAUCAAAACUUGAGCCACGUGUUGCAAAAUUUAUAUCUCUUGUUUGCAAUGUGAGUAUGAUGAAUCAGCAAAUGAUGGAAAUAGGGUACAAUGCAAACAAGUUACCCCUCGGAAAACUUAGCAAAUCAACAAUUUUGAAGGGCUAUGGUGUUCUCAAAAGACUUGCUGAUGUGAUUGAUAAAGCUGAUAGGAAAAUUCUGGAGCAAUUGAGUGGAGAAUUCUACACUGUAAUUCCUCAUGAUUUUGGAUUCAAAAAAAUGCGCGAGUUUGUGAUUGACACCCCUCAGAAGUUAAAACGCAAGUUAGAAAUGGUUGAAGCUCUUGGUGAAAUUGAGGUUGCCACAAAGCUUUUGAAUGACAAUGCAGACAUGCAGGGGGAUCCCCUGUAUACUCAUUAUCAACGUCUUCAUUGCGAACUGGUACCAGUUGAAUUUGGUUGUGAGGAAUUCUCUAUGAUUGAAGAGUAUAUGAAGAACACUCAUGCAAAAACACACUCAAACUAUACUGUGGAAAUUGUUCAAAUAUUUAGGACAUCAAAAGAAGGCGAGGCUGAACGGUUUAGAAAGUUUGCUAGUACAAAAAAUAGGAUGCUUUUGUGGCAUGGUUCUCGACUCACAAACUGGACUGGAAUUUUAUCUCAAGGUUUGCGCAUAGCUCCUCCUGAGGCACCUGUAACUGGCUACAUGUUUGGGAAGGGGGUGUACUUUGCUGACAUGUUCUCAAAAAGUGCAAAUUAUUGCUAUGCUAGUCAUAUUGCUAAAGAUGGGGUGCUCCUUUUAUGUGAGGUUGCACUGGGAGAGAUGGCUGAGCUUCUAAGUGCCAAAUAUGAUGCUGAUCAGUUGCCUGAAGGAAAACUGAGCACAAAAGGAAUAGGAGGUACUGCUCCGGAUCCUUCAAAAGCUCGGGAACUUGAGGAUGGGCUCGUAGUUCCACUUGGAAAGCCCAGAAAAGAAUCAGGCAUAAAGUGCGAUCUCUUGUACAACGAAUACAUUGUUUAUAAUGUGGAGCAGAUUAGGAUGCGCUAUGUUGUUCACGUAAAUUUCAAUUUUAACACUAGAAGUUAGUGGCUGGACGUGAUUACUAAGUUAUUUUAUGUAUAUCUUCAUUUUGUGGUUCGCCAGCAAUGAUUAUUUAUAUAAGGUAUUAUAACACCGAAAAGCCAUGAGAAUUGCACUGUUGCUAAGAAAAUGAAGUCAGUGCUUUUGUAUCUUUGUGGUAAUCUGGUGAACGAAAAAUAAAAAUGGAAACUAAGAUGACAUACGGCCUUGUUUUA